GCGGCUUUCCUUUUGUCGUUCUUAAAAUUACUUAAGGAUGCGAUAAACAUCCUUUUUUAAUUAGGUUUAGUUUUUUUUUGGCUAUGAUAGUAUAUAUACAUAGGUGCGUUAUUUUAACUUUUUUGUACGGCACCUUUGAUUUGCUUUUGAUCUAAUAACAUUCAAAUCUCGUCGACCAAAGCCAAACUAGUUGACAAUGGAUUCGUCUGAAGGAAGUUCUUCUUGUGCACAACAACAAGAGAAGAUUGAGAUUCAGAACAGCCACAACGAGAAGCUCGUUGGUCUGCUUCACGAAACUGGUUCAAGAGAAGUCGUUGUCUUGUGCCACGGAUUCAAAUCUGACAAGAACAACACAAUCCUCAAGAAUGUGGCUGCUGCUCUAGAGAAAGAAGGGAUCAGCGCUUUCGUUUCGAUUUCUCUGGUAACGGAGAGAGUGAAGGCGGUUUCAAUUACGGUAACUACAAUUACGAAGCUGAUGACUUACACUCUGUCAUCCAACACUUCUCUACCACGAACCUUGUCGUUACCACCAUUAUUGGACACAGUAGAGGAGUAUGGUAAUAUCCGCAAUGUGAUCAAUAUAUCUGGACGUUAUGAUCUGAGAAAGGGCAUACGUCUUGGAGAUGGUUAUCUCGAAAGAAUCAAGGAACAAGGAUUCAUCGAUGCUAAAGAGGGAAAAUCAGAGUUCCGUGUCACCCAAGAGAGCUUAAUGGAGAGGUUAAACACGGAUAUGCAUGACGCUUGCCUCAAGAUUGAGAAAGAAGUUAGAGUCUUGACUGUUCAUGGAUCAGGUGAUAAGGUAGUAUCAGUGGGAGAUGCCGAGGAGUUUGGAAAGAUCAUACCCAACCACAAGCUCGAGAUUUUGAAAAAUGCUGAUCAUGGUUAUACCAAGCACCAAAGCCUACUGGUGUCAACUGUUAUGGAGUUCAUUAAGGCUGUCCUAGUGAAGUAG